AUGCAACCAGCCCCAACUCUUCUGACUACUCUACUGAUGCUGCCCCUGGUUAUCCAAGGACAGCCUCAGCUGGUAAGACGUGUGCCAGGCUCCUUGGAUAAAGAUGGCCUAUGCUAUUGUGUGGUUUACCUGCCCAACAAUGUCAUCACCUUGAAACAGUUGGAACAGCUACAGAGUACAGCCCAAGAGCUCCUGAGCAAGUAUGAGCAGGAGCUGUCCAGGGUCAGUGAGUAUGCACGCACCAUUGAAGACAAUGACAAUCAGAUCCUAGAAAUGAAUGGCGCCCUGAAGUCCAGAAAUCCUACUGCCCCUGCUGUCUCCUAUGAGUCCCCAGCCUUCAAUCUGCUGCGCCUGGAGCUGGAGGGAGCACAGGAGUUGGUGGCCCAGCUUAAAGCGAAGGGAAGGGCUGGGGACAUCCUCUACCAGCUCCAGAGCCAGGUGGCUAAUGCCAGCCUCACACUCAAGCUUCUGGCUGACUCUGACCAGCGCAGCUUCCGAGCUCUCCGCCAGGAAGUGGAUGUCCUUCAGAGCCGUAUAAGUGAAUGUGAGAGGGAGAAGGCGCAAGAAGAGGCCUCCAGAAACCCUGACCAAAUCCUGCCCCCAGGUUCUUGUGCUCAUGGAGGGCUCCAGAAAGUCAGUAGACCCAUUGUGGUGCAGCUCAAUUGGAGAGGCUUCUCUUACAAGGCAGGAUCCUGGGGCCGAGACUCAGCACCCAACUCAUCCUCUUCCCUCUACUGGGUGGCUCCUCUGCGUACAGAUGGCAGGUACUUUGACUACUACCGACUGCACAAGUCUUAUGAUGACCUGGUACUGCUGAAGAACUAUGAGCAGCGGAAGAUGGGCUUUGGUGAUGGCAGUGGCAAUACUGUGUACAAGAACUUCAUGUACUUUAACUACUACGGCACAGGUGAAAUAGCCAAGGUGGACCUUUCUUCCAACAGCCUGGUUCUGCGGCGCCCGUUGCCUGGCGCCACCUACAACAACCGCUUCUCCUAUGCUGGUGUGCCCUGGAAGGACUUAGAUUUUGCCAGUGAUGAGAAGGGGUUGUGGGUGCUCUAUGCUACAGAAGAGAGUAAGGGCAACCUGGUUGUGAGUCGCCUCAAUCCCAGCACCCUAGAUGUGGAAGAAACCUGGCGCACCAGCCAGUACAAGCCAGCCCUAUCCGGGGCCUUCAUGGCCUGUGGGAUGCUCUAUGCCUUACGCUCUCUGAGCACCCGCCAAGAGGAGAUCUUCUAUGCUUUUGAUACUACCACUGGGAAGGAGCACCAUCUCAGCAUCCUGCUGGAUAAGAUGCUGGAAACGCUGCAGGGCAUCAAUUACUGCUCCUUAGAUCACAAGUUGUAUGUCUACAAUGAUGGCUACCUGGUCAAUUAUGACCUCAGCUUCCUGCCACUAAAGCAUUAG